CUAGCGGUCCGAUGUGCGCCUGCGCGGAGUGCCGGGACAGGGCGUGUUCCUCGUUUGGGUGCUCGUUUUGCACCGACCGAGCGCAUCUCUCGCCGGCCGCCGGAGUGAACCCUGCAGAAGUCUGUAGUUUGUGCCUAUUAGGUGCAGCCCUCCGCAGUCAUGUCCAAGUCUCUGAAAAAGUUGGUGGAAGAGAGCCGGGAGAAGAACCAGCCGGAAGUGGACAUGAGUGACCGGGGCAUCUCUAACAUGCUGGACGUCAACGGCCUGUUCACCCUGUCCCACAUCACACAGCUGGUCCUCAGCCACAACAAGCUAACAACUGUGCCACCAAACAUAGCAGAACUGAAGAAUCUGGAAGUGCUUAACUUUUUUAAUAACCAGAUUGAGGAGCUGCCCACACAGAUCAGCAGUCUUCAGAAACUCAAACACCUGAACCUGGGCAUGAAUAGACUAAACACUCUGCCUCGAGGAUUUGGAUCGCUUCCGGCUCUGGAGGUCCUUGAUUUGACUUAUAACAACUUGAAUGAAAAUUCUCUUCCUGGAAACUUCUUCUACCUGACCACCCUGCGUGCACUCUAUCUAAGUGACAACGAUUUUGAAAUCCUGCCACCAGAUAUCGGGAAACUCACAAAGUUGCAGAUACUCAGCCUUAGGGAUAACGAUCUGAUCUCGCUGCCUAAGGAAAUCGGGGAGCUUACUCAGCUUAAGGAGCUCCACAUACAAGGGAACCGCCUGACCGUUCUGCCCCCAGAACUAGGAAACUUGGAUUUAACUGGUCAGAAGCAGAUAUUCAAAGCAGAGAACAAUCCCUGGGUUACCCCUAUCGCUGACCAGUUCCAGCUUGGCGUGUCCCAUGUUUUUGAAUACAUCCGCUCUGAGACGUACAAAUACCUCUACGGCAGACACAUGCAGGCAAACCCAGAACCGCCAAAGAAAAAUAAUGACAAAUCGAAAAAGAUCAGCCGGAAACCCCUGACAGCCAAGAAUAAAUAAGGGGUCGGCCUGAGCUGCACUUCCGGUCACUUCUUUCAUCAUUACGUCUGUUCUCUCUUUUCUGCCUCACAAAUGAACACUCUGUGUCUGUUUUUCUCUCUCUAAUGCCUACCACCUUACCUUAAAUUCUUUCGGUAGGUGGUGGAUUUUUUAUAAGUUCUUCGAACCAUUUCUAUUUGUUUUCUUAAAAUUGCCGAAGGCAGGAAACAAAGCCUUAAUUCAGCUGCAAGUUCCAUACGAGGCACAGCUUUCAACUUCUUGAAUAGAUGUUCACAGAGUUGCUUAUUAUGAAAAGAAUAAUUAAAAUCAUGUAAUCAUUUAAAUGCCACACUUAACACUGUUCACCCUUCUGUUAAUUCACACAACUCAUUAUUUUUGCUUUGUUCAAAGUUUUCCUUCACCACUGAGAUAUUAUGUCAAUUUACAAGUGAUUUUAAUAAAAUCUUAAAUUUGUGUCACACGUUGUUUCUUGAAUUUAAAAAAAAAAAAGAAUCUUGGGGUCUACCUGUUCUUGUUGACUUUUACCCCACAAUGAUCUUGUCCAAUUUAUUGGUCAUCGAUGAUAAAUUCUGAAACUUUCUGUGAAAGAAAUGCAGAAUUAAAUGAGUUGAUUUCUUC